UGGCCUUAUUUAAUAAAAUAACCAUGUUGCCACUGUCGCACAAAGAUAAUUUGCAUCGGGGCUUCGGUUCCCGAAUUAAGGAAAAGUUGAAUGGGUGGAUGAGGUUAAUUUUUUCCGACAGAAACUCCCGCAAUUUGUUUCUGUUUCUGCUUUUAAAUCUAUCGUUUGCAUUUGUAGAAUUAGUUUAUGGUGUAUGGUCUAAUAGUUUAGGUUUAAUAUCAGAUUCCUUCCAUAUGUUUUUCGACUGUACUGGGUUACUUGCUGGUUUGGCCGCGUCUGUAAUCACGAAAUGGAAAGCCAACGAGAAAUAUUCAUAUGGUUAUGUCCGUGCCGAGGUUUUGGCGGGUUUUGUUAAUGGGCUGUUUUUGCUUUUUAUUUCGUUUUUUAUCAUGUCGGAAGCUGUAGAACGUGCAAUUGAGCCCCCUGAGGUGAAACAUGAAAGAUUGUUUGUUGUCUCAGUGUUGGGACUUUUAGUUAAUCUAGUUGGAAUUUACGCUUUCCAACACGGUCAUGGGCAUGGGCACUCCCAUGGCGGCAGCAGCCACGGCCACUCACACAACUCCCAUGGGCAUUCCCAUGACCACACUCUAGACAUCGACGUCAACGCUAGUGGAAACUCUCAAAUCAUGAAAGGUGUCUUCCUUCACAUUUUGGCUGACACUUUGGGAAGUGUCGGGGUUAUUAUUUCGGCAGUGUUGAUGCAAAUGUUUGGUUGGAUGAUCGCUGAUCCGAUUUGUUCAAUGUUUAUAGCGAUCUUAAUAGCGUUAAGUGUUUUGGCGUUGAUUAAAGAUUCCGUUGUUAUUUUAAUGCAAAGACAGCCUUACGCUCUUGAUAAUGUUUUGCCGCAGUGUUACCAAAAAGUGGUCAGUUUGCCUGGCGUCUACUCGGUGCAAGAGCCCCACUUUUGGACCCUUUGUAGUGAAGUUUACGUGGGGGCUCUUAAAUUGGAAGUAUCGAAAAAUGUGGAUCCUAAAUAUGUUGUGUCACACACGCAAAUGAUUUUCGCCUCGGUGGGCGUUAGGCAAAUUUACGUUCAACUCGACUACACCCCAAUGUGAUUUUUGGAUUUAAAACAUUCCUUCCUGACAACAUUUUUUGAUACAAAAUUCGCAUUUUGUUAUUUAUUCGUGGAAUUUUUUAGUAUUGCUAAAUAUUUAAGUAUCUAAAAAUGUUUUAUGUAUACACUGAUUUAUUUUAAAAGCAAAAUAUAAUAAAAAUGCGUCAUCUGGAAGUUUUGUUUACCUUGAUGGCCAGGAAAAUGAAAUGUCUUAAUUGAAAAUUGCUUUUAUUAAAAAUAUCGUGACCUAUUCUCAUAAAGUAUGAAAUUUAUAAACUUAUUGCACACACAAUGCG